GCAAUGCAAUGCAAUGCAACCACUCUUCCAUUAAUUUGGCACCUCAAUACCAUUAGCCACGACUACGCGCUUUUGCUACAACUAUCAAAUCUUACCCCACUUUGACUUUUCAUUUCUAUUCACUUGACUAUAAAAUCCACCCUUUGCCACCCCCAUCAAACUACUCACUUCUACACUCCCUUUCUAACACCAUGACACUCUACCACCCCUCAUUCCUUGCAACACUCUCAUCCAUCCUACUCGCCGUUCACCUCGUCGUAACUCAUACAAAUUCAUUACCAUUACCACCAUCACCACAGUCAAAUCCAAACAACGCAACUGUGCCAGUAUCUGCCUCGACCGUUUGCCAAUCUACUCAAUACCCAUCUUAUUGCAAAAACAUCUUACAAUCCGGUAACAAUAAUACAUCUAGCAAUGUCUAUGAAUACGGCCGCUUUUCCUUCAAGCGGUCCGUUUCACAAGCCUCAAAGUUCCUCAAGCUAAUCAACAAAUACCUCCACAACAGCCGUAAACUCAAACUCACACCCUCCGCCAUCGGCGCCUUACAAGACUGUCAAUUCCUAGCGGAACUCAACGUCGAUUUCUUAAACACAUCGUACAACGCCGUCAACACUAAGCUAAACAAAACACUCUCUUACACAACAGCCGACGACGUACAAACCUUCCUGAGUGGCAUCCUCACAAACUUACAAACUUGUCUCGACGGAGUCAAAUCCGUCGAGUCAGCUUGGUCAUUCGACCGUGGCAUUACCUCUCCUUUGUCAAGUGACACUAAACUAUACUCCAUCUCUCUUGCUUUAUUCACCAAAGCGUGGAUCCCGAAAAAGAAAAAAGGAUCAAACCUAACCCCUCGUGGUAAAACCCAUAAGGGUUUUUUCGGUAGUGGUCGUGGUGGUGGUGGCCGCAUUCCCGGACUAAAUAUGUCCGAGAAUGCUCGUGCCGUAUUCAAAAAAAGCCUUAGCCGUCAUCACGAGCGGUUACUCGCUAGUAACAACAAUGACGAUGAUGAUCAAGUGAAUAUAUACGAUGUUGUUACCGUAAGCCAAGAUGGUAGCGGAAAUUUUAGUACAAUAAAUGAUGCAAUUACUGCUGCACCAAAUAAAACCGAAGAAAGUGAUGGAUAUUAUUUGAUUUACGUUACUGCCGGAGUUUAUGACGAGAUUGUUUCCAUUGAUAAGAAGAAGAGGUAUAUUAUGAUGAUUGGUGAUGGUAUUAAUCAGACGAUUAUUACUGGAAAUCGUAGUGUUGCGGAUAAUUUUACUACUUUCCAAUCCGCUACUUUUGCUGUAACUGGAACAGGAUUUGUGGGCAUGAAUAUGACCAUAAGAAACACAGCUGGUGCAAUCAAACACCAAGCCGUAGCUCUAAGAAGCGGCGCGGAUUUAUCCGCCUUUUAUAGUUGCAGCUUUGAAGGAUACCAAGACACGUUAUACGUACAUUCCCUAAGACAAUUCUAUAGGGAAUGUGACAUAUAUGGUACAGUCGAUUUUAUAUUUGGUAACGCAAAUGUUGUGUUUCAAAAUUGUAACAUAUACCCUCGAUUACCCUUGGAUAAACAAUUCAACGCCAUCACUGCACAAGGCAGAACAGACCCAAACCAAAACACGGGCAUUGCUAUUAAUAAUUGUGUGAUACGUGCAGCUGAUGAUCUUGCUAGUAAUAAUGGUACGACUAAGACGUAUCUAGGGAGGCCGUGGAAGGAAUACUCUAGGACAGUUUAUUUAGAGUCGUAUAUUGAUAAUGUGGUUGAUCCGGCUGGUUGGAGAGAAUGGGAUGGUAAUUUCGCCUUGGAUACGUUAUAUUAUGGCGAAUUCAACAAUUCGGGUCCAAGUUCUAAUGUUACAAACAGAGUAAAUUGGGCAGGGUACCAUGUUAUGAAUGUUACAGAUGCUGUUAAUUUUACGGUUUCUACAUUUGUUUUUGGAGAUGAAUGGUUACCUCAAACAGGGGUACCUUACAUGAGUGGCUUGUUGUAAACAUGAUAUAUAUAUAUUUAAGUGUCAUUCAAAAUUCUAAUU